AUGAACAACGGAAUAAGAGGUGCUUCGAGCGUCUUAAAUAGAGGAGGUAGAGGUGGAUUAUCAAAUAGAGUUGGUCGAGGGAGAAAUGGACGAGGUGGAACUCCAAAUAGAGGUGGGAAAUCUAGUUCAACUUUAGCUUCAGAGCAACAACUUCAUACAACGAGGGAAGGUGGUAUACAUAAAAAUACAGUAUCAUCAACUAGUGCAAGAGGGCGAGGGAAGUUGAGAUCCACAAGAGGAGGAAAAGUAUAUAUAUCUGACACAACGGAUACAAUAUCUUUGCAACAGAAUGAAAUUUUCCUUCCUGAAACUUCUGAAGCUCCUGAAGUGGAUGAAAUGGAAAUAGACUUAUCAAAGGAAUUAGAAAGGGAACUUGGUGAGAAUUCUGUGUCAUCUGUUCCUGAAGUAGAUGAACUAUCAAAAGAAUCUGAGGAUGAAUUUGAAAAGGAACUAGAAGAGAAAUUAGUAAAGGAAUUAGAAUGUGUACCAGGAAAAGAAUUAGAAAAGGGACCUGUGAAGAAAAACAAUCUUACUCUUACUAGAUAUAUUUUAGGUGGAAGUCCAAUAAAAAAAUAUAUUACAGAAAAAAAUUCAAUUCUUGUUGAAAAGAAUGGUUAUCAGAUGGGUAUAGUUGGAAAAAUACUUUUUCAAACAAGAAGUACUGAUCAGACUAAUCAUGAAGCAAAACUUGAACUUGUAAUGCUUACAGAACUCCGUCCAGAUCCUGAAUUUGUAAAGUCAAAAGGAAAGAAUAUUGUUAAAAAACAAGUGAAGAGAAAUGAUGCAACUGCUAGUACAUCAAAAGUUGUGACAUAUAUAGGACCUGGUCUUCCACCUCCAGCAUUUAUGAGAAAUGAUAAUAAUAAUGAACCAGGAAUUCCUCUUAUAAAAAGAGUUACUCAUCUUAUUGCAGUUGAGGAUCUUAAUACUGACCAAAUUGCAACUAGGGUUAAGGAUUCAAUAUUAAAUGUUGAACAUGUAUUAAAUGGGUAUGCAAUAAAAAAAAAUGGAAUUUGGAAACUUAAAAGAGAAGCGUGGUUAAAAUUAGAUCCCUAUAAUUUUAAACCAUAUAAUUCAUCACAAAUAAACAAUGUUGUUCAAAAAAUGAAUAAUAUAGCUAAUCAAUUAGGUUUACCUGAAGAUGCACCUGAAAGACCACAUCCACCGGAACAAAAAGUGCCUGUUAACUAUCCAGCAGUUAAUUUUGAACCUUCAGUUAUUACUGAGAGUUCCAAUGGUGUGCAAUUAUCUGAAGGAAAAACAACCCGAGGUGGAAAAACGACUCGUGGUGGAAAAACAACGCGCGGUGGUCGAGACAACAGAGGUGGCGGAGGUGGUAGAGGUCGUGGAGCAAAAACAAUAACAACUAAUGUCACAGCCACUUCAGGAGAUCAAUCAAUAAAUGCUACACGAGGUCGGAGAGGAAGACCUAUUGGUUCUAAAAAUUCCACUCGUGGUGUCAAAACUGUAAAUCAAAAAGGUACAUCUUUAUCUACUACGGAAAUGGAAACCACCACACCUGUCGUUACACCUGCUGGGACAACUAUAUCUGCCAGUGCACCCAAAUCUACAGCAGUCACGUCUGCAAAUGCAACCAAAUCUACAGUAGUUACACCUGCAAAUGCAACCAAACCUUCAGCGGCCACACCCAAAUCUUCAGCAUCCACAUCUACAAAUUCAACCAAAUAUUUAACAGCCACGUCUACAAAUUCAACCAAAUCUUCAUUAGCUACACCCAAAUCUUCAGCAGUUACGUCUACAAAUGCAGCCAAAUCUUCAGCAGUCAUAUCUGUCAAUGCAACCAAAUCUACAGCAGUCACGUCUGUCAGUAAAACCAAAUCUGUGAUAGCCACGCCUGCUGUAAAUACUGUAGUAAAUACAGCUAAAGAGGACAUUUUUCCUGCAAAUAAUGCAAAUCAAAAGUAA